UACUCUUUCACGGUGGAACAUUGGGAAAACCCUUUGGUCUUAUGAUAUAAGUAAAAAGGAAAAAAAAAUAAUAGUCAACGGUGUUAGUCAAAUCAAACGGUCAGACGCAUUUCUAUUAAAAAUUUUGCUUGUUUAAAUACUCGUAGGCAAAUCGUUAUAUUAUUCUCAUUCACACCACCGCUGUCCUACCCAUGGGAAAUUGUGUUUGAGACCUUUCAUCUAGAUUUUGGAGCUCGAUCGACAGAUCUUCUUUUAUUAGUGUUAAGCAACUGACUAUCUCCUUCAAACUUUCAGUAGCUCUCUGAUCGCAUCACAAGCACUCCAGUUCAGAUUCGAAUCCUGACUUUGAGUUUGAGUAAUUCGAGGAGAAUGGCAGGCUUAGCUAGAACCCUCGCCGCCGUGCAUCUGUUUUUAGUUCUUUGGGUCUCCCAAUCAAAGGCAGAUCAAUUGGAGUUCACCCCCCUACAGCUCCAGCAAUUGGACGAGUUCAAAUCACACUUCGAGGUGGACCAUGAAUACGCCUACACCAGUAACAAACCUGUCUUCAUAUCUGGGUUUGCUAAAGCGCAAAAGAAUUUCAUUUUAGAACGGUUUGGAGCAUUCUUUAGCAGUCAACCAACCAACCUAGCCCACCUGGCUAAAUGGGGGGCACCUUCCUCCACCAAGGCUCCGCCAUUGAUACCAGUGUGCCCAGCAAUAACGGUCCAGAAAAUCCUCUACACAGGGAUCAAUGUUGACGAUGAACCAGUAGCCGUUGUACAGUUUGGUGAUGUGAACCAGUGGGUUAUAUGGCAACAGUGCUCCUCUAAAGAGUCCCCACAUAUUUCUCUAUUUCAACACGGCAAACGGGUCGAAUGUUCGCAUACGGUUCGAUCCGUUCCUAUGGUGGUUUUUCGGUUACCCAUUUCUUCGUUCGAUGACGUCACGGUACAGCACAUCAAGAUCAAGGCAUGCACAAGUCACGUCACUGAUCACGACCAAGUUGGCCAACAAACAGAUCAAACCGGACCAGAUCCAUUUGACCAUCAACCACUUCAGCCUUAUCUUAAAUGAUGACCAUAAUACUGAAAAUUAUUUUAAUUAUUUUCAAUUACCCCUUAAUCACCUCAGUUAUCUUUAGGCAUUAUUUUGAGAACCUUCGAUUUAAACCGAUGUCUUUUUACUAAUCAAAAGACUGAUUUUUUAAUAAUCAAUAUUCAAGGUUUGAAUAGUAGAUUAAGCGUAAUUACGGUAAUUUAUCUUUUAGCAGUGAAUGGUAACAUUAAUCACGAAAUGUAGCUAUCUUUGUUGCUCCAUUACUCGAACAAUAUGGAUUUGUAUCUAUUUUUUUAAUAAGAACUUUCUCUUCUUAAAAAAAAACCACAUUGCCAUCGCGUAUCUCUGUUUUUUUUUUACCCAAAACAUAUCAGACUAACAUAAUAGAAUGAUAAUGAUAAUAUUAAUA